AUGAAUAUAGUCAUGUGGGUGGAUAAUUGGGAAGGCGAACUUCCUAUGCCUGCAAUUUUAAAGCCUAAGCCUUUAUGGACUGGAAAAUAGAUUAUGAGUUUAAUUAUUCCUGAAAAAAUGACCAUGACAAGAACAAGUGGAAAAUCAGAUGACGAUAAAUGGUUUUCCUCAAAAGAUGAAUCUAUAUAUAUUUAUAAAGGGGAAUUAUUAUAAGGAUAUAUGACUAAAGGAAUAGUCGGAGAUGGACCAGGAGGUCUAGUUCAUUUAAUUUGGCUAGAUAUAGGACAUUCUGCUACUUGUGAUUUCAUGACUAGGUGUUAAAGAAUAGUUAAUAAUUGGUUAAUCAUCACUGGGCAUACUAUAAGUUGCGCAGAUAUAGUCCCUAGUGAAGAUUGUGUCACGGAAAUAAAAAAAAUACGAGAAGACGCCUAAAAGGCAUUCGAUUAAGCCGUAGAAGAUUUCCAAGAUGCCGAAAAAAUCGAAAAAUAAGGAAAUCAUAAAGCCGGUAAGCGAAUUUUCGAUUCCUUCGAAGUCCAUAUAAACACUGUCUUGAACAAACUCCGUGGUUAAGCCGAAAAAAAAUCUAAAGAUACCAUCAAGUUCAGGUAUAAUCAAUUCAAUAAGAUGGUUUGGGCCGGUUCAAAGGGAAAACCGACUAAUUUAGCCCAAGUUAUGGGACUUCUUGGUUAAUAAAAUAUAGAAGGAGCUAGAAUAAGGAACGGUUUCGCAAGAAGAACACUCCCUCAUUUUCAAAAAGAGGACAAUGGUAUUAUUGCAAGAGGUUUUGUACUAUCUAAUUUCUUCCAAGGACUAGAACCAUAUGAGUUUUUCUUCCAUACAAUGGGUGGUAGAGAAGGAUUAUCAGACACAGCAGUUAAAACAUCGAGAACAGGUUACAUUUAACGAAAACUAGUGAAGGCUCUAGAGGACGUAUUAGUAAGAUAUGACGGUACAAUAAGGGAUUCUAUCGGGAGUUUAAUUUAAACUUGCUACGGGGAAGAUUCAUUAGCCGGGGAGUAUAUAGAAACUUAAAAAAUAGCAGAAAUUGAGUACUCAAAUGAAUAAUUCGAAAAAGAAUAUAGGUUUAUUCGAGAUUUCGAGAACCAAGUAUCCAUCAAAGAGUUUCUGGAAAGAGAAUAUGAAAGGAAAUUAAAUAAAGAUGUAAUUUCCGAAAUAGAUGAAAGUGCGAGAUAAUCGAGAUAAAAAUACGAGCCUUUUUGCCUAGAAGAGGAAUAUAGGGAUUUAUUAGAAGCCCGAGAUUUAUUUAGGAAAUGCUUUUAUUUUUAUUCUUUUAAAUAAUCUCUAGACUUGAAUAUUCCCGUAAAUAUAGACAGAAUGCUCCGUUCUACUAAGAUUGAAAUGUCCAAAAAUAAUCGAAUUUAUGAUAAAGAUGAGUCCCGUUUAAGCCCAAUUUAUGUUUAUAGGGUUAUUAAUGAAUUAUUUACUAAACUUGAUAAUGAUGCUAUUAAUAGAGGAGUAGACCCCAAUGCUUUGAUGCUUUUUAAAGCACAUGUCAGACUCCAUUUAUCCUCUAAGAAAAUAGUCAUAAAACAUAAAAUAAAUAAGGAGAAAUUUGAACAACUAGUAAGAGAAGUUGAAGCUAGAUAUAAAUAAGCUAUUGCUCACCCAGGAGAGACUAUAGGUGCUAUUGCAGCUUAAUCUGUGGGAGAACCUACUACUUAGAUGACUUUAAACACUUUCCAUUUUGCAGGAGUAUCUGAUAGAAAUGUUACAUUGGGAGUACCUAGACUAUAGGAGAUAUUAGAUGCAUCUAAAAACAUAAAAACUCCCGAGGUGACAAUUUUCUUUGAAAGGAAGCUGGAAAAACCCGAAGAUAAAUAAGAAAUGAGGGAACAAAUCGAAUAUUAGCAAGUUUUUAAAUAUAUCGAGUCUACAAAAAUUCUCUACGAUUAUGAACAAGAAGAAAUUUUCGAUGAUGAAGAGUCGCAAUAAAAUCCGUGGAAACUAAUCAUUUAAUUCGACAAAUAAAAACUCGCAAUAGAUCUAUAUGAUAAACUUUACUCAGAAAUCGCUAAAUUAUAAAACUAAUUAAAAUUUACAGCAUCUAAAAGUACAUAUACAUAAUGUUUUAUAACAAUACAAUACCGCGAAAACUCCAAUAAUGACGAAAAUUCAAUAUAGAUGUAAUAGUAAGAUAAUAAAAGUGUCUAUAUAGCUCUUUUGGAACUCGAAAAAAAAAUUCGAGAAAUCUAUAUAGGCGGUAUUUAAGGCGUAGAUAAAAUAUAUCCUGCUGAAAAAGACUUUGUGGGUAAAUGGGAUACUAAAACAGGCAAAAAAGUGACUGACAAAGAGACUAUUUUCAAGACAAGUGGUACUAAUUUGAAAAAAAUCAUUAAGAUAGACGGCGUAGAUUCCCAAAGGACCUACUCGAAUGACAUUUAAGAAAUCGCGAAGGUAAUCGGAAUCGAAGCUGCCCGAAAAUCAAUUAUAAACGAAAUACGGGAAGUCAUAGAACCUUACGAUAUAUAUAUAAAUUAUCGUCAUUUAUCUAUAUUAGCCGAUUGGAUGACUUUAAGAGGUAGAAUCACACCAAUAAAUAGAAACGGAAUUAAUAGAAUUCCAGGAAUUUCCUGUUUAAGGAAAUCUUCAUUUGAAGAAACAGUAGAAAUUUUAAAUAGUGCGGCUAUUUUCUUUGAAAAAGAUAAAUUAACAGGAGUUACUGAGAAUAUUAUUUUCGGAUAAAAUUGCGAUAUAGGCACAGGUAGUUUCGAACUAUUAAUAGAUUAGAUGAAAGUAUAAGAUUUCAAAACUAAAAGGGAAGCUGAUUAUGAUAAUAUUCCCGAACAAUCACCAAUGUCUGAAGCAGCUGAUUAUUUUAAUACACCAGUAAAUCCAAAUACUCCAGGCGUAGGAAUGAUGACUCCAGGAUUUAGUGUACAUAAUAUAAUGGGAAAUUUUACACCUUCGACACCUAAUUAAGGAUUUUCACCUUUUAUAACUUCAACACCAAAUUAUCCUUAAAAUAAUCCGAAAUCUCCUAGCUAGAUUGCAUAUGCAAGAAGUUCUUAAAUUAGUCCGAAAAUAGAUAAUUCUCCAUAGAUUGUUUCACCAAAUUAUACACCACAUAAUAGUACUCCUGCAGAAAGAGCUAGUCCAUAUAGUGCUUCUCCUAAUUAUAAAAUACAUUAAGGACAAUCUAAUUCACCUGCAUAUAUUGCUUCACCUAAUAUGAAUUCUCCUUAAUAUGAUAUUAAAGGUAGUAGUCACAUUGCUUAAUAAAUUAAAGGAGAAAUGCAUAAUAUUUAGGAAGAAAAUGAAAGUGGUAGUGAAAGUGAAAGUCGUGAUAAUUGA